CGCAUUUGGCUUGCUCAUCUUCUCAGUGAGAAAACGUGAGUUCUGGACAAUAUUCUGAAAUCCAUAGGCUGCCCACAGUCCUGUCAAAGGCAGCAUCCGGGCUCUUAACCCUAAAUUUUUACAUCCUACCCAGAGUUUGAGGCUUGGUUCAGAUUUGCAGGAAAACGGUUUCUGAAAUCCUCAGCUGAUCCUUCUGCACAAUGGCCUCUCGGGAUCCCAACGCCUCUACCGCCGUCAGGAAUAAUGACGAAGAGAUGGAGUUUGAAGCUGAAGAACCAAGAGCAGGUCCAUCUGGAUUACCGGAAGCCACAGCAGCAUCUCUUGGAGAAUCCCCUCAAGUGCAAGGGGCUGCGGAAGGCGGCACGCCUGAAAGGACAGUCAGGCGAAAGAGAAAAUACCAGGCUUUUGAAUCAGAGGAGAAAGACCGCCUGAAGCAGUAUGACAUGUGUGAAUCCAAGGCAAGGAGGAUUCUCCUCAUGACCUACGGGAAGUUGAUUGAUGUUUUGUCCCGGGGCAACAUGCCAGAAGAAAUGAACUAUCUCAAGGAACGAUUGGAUGCGUUGAAGAAGAAGACUUCCCUGGAGCCCCUUCGUAUUGGGUUCCUGGGGCGCACAGGGGCUGGGAAGACCUCCCUGCUCAAUGCCCUUUUAGGGAGGAAGCUGUUCCUGCCUGUGUCGGGAAACCAAACCUGCACGUCCUGCAUUGUGCAGGUGAAGGGAAGCCAGAGUGAGCAGUACGAGGCGACCGUCCACCUUCUCUCCCAAGAGGAAUGGAGGGAUGAAUUGAAGAACCUGGUGAAGAUUUUGCAAAAGAAUAAGGAUGAUGAAGACGAUGAUUCAUUUGAAGAAUGUGUCAACGAUGCCACCAGAAAGCUACGUGCACUUUAUGGAACGGGAGCGGACCAGAAAAGUUACGAAGAGCUGUUAAAGGCCAAACUGCAGGUGACCAUCCCGGCCAAGAGAACAAUUCAGCUGAAGGAGAAGGAGGUAGGAAGGUUCUCCGAAGCCCUGAAGCCUUAUAUUCGUGUUGGGGACGAUCACCCCAAUCAAUGCUGGCCUUUGAUCAAAUAUGUGGAAUUGGCCCUUCCAUUAUCUGAGAUGGUGCCGGAAGGCAUCACCUUCAUAGACAUUCCAGGAACAGGAGAUUUUAACAGAAAAAGAGAUGAAAUGUGGAAACAGAACAUUGAUAAAUGUUCAGUCAUCUGGAUUAUCAGUGACAUGGAGCGUGCCAUAGGAGACCGUGACCAGCAGAUAUUGCUGGAUGAAUCCAUCAAGGCGUACCUAGCAGGGAACUGUACUGACAUUGCCGUGGUGGUCACCAAAUCGGAUAAGCUGGAUCUGGAUGAGUACAGAAGUGAAAGAAACAAUACCCAACUUACAAAUGAACAUGAUGCCAUUUUGGAGAGAAAUGGAGACACGAAGAGGAAAGUAGGAGCAAACAUUCGGGAGAAGCUGAAGAGACGGCUCCCACCUGAUUCUGAAGUUAUCCAGAAGCAGGACCUGGUUUAUACAGUCAGCGCAAAAGAAUUCUGGAAUAGACAACAUCUCAAUCAGGAAGAAACAGAGAUACCAGAGCUGAGGAAGUACAUCAGGAAGCUUUCCCUAAGAGAAAAGAAGAGGCUGGUUAUGGAAUAUGUGAAAGAAAUUUCGAGCAUUCUCCUGCUUGCUGAGAACACUGGUUCCAGAGAGCAACUUGUGGAGCAGCAUUUUCGAGAGAGUGGCAUUGAGGAGUUUGUGAACCGCCAGAUCGCCGCUUUGGGAAGGAUGAUUGCAAAGUGCUUUGAUCAGAUUAAAGACCUCCUCCCUGAGGGUGUGGAAGAGGCCAAACGCUCCUAUGUCAGAACAGUUUUGAAAUUUCUCAAUAGAGAAAAGGGGUAUAAAGGUUUCCACCAGACCCUAAGAGCUGUCUGCGUGAAGAACGGCGUGUAUGCCUCGAAGUCUUUUGCACGCAUCGAUCUGAACGAAGACCUCGCCCGGCCCAUUUACAACAAAAUUGGAAGCAGUUUCGGAAGCAUUUUCAGGACCCAAAAACCGACCAGAGGCAACCUGUGGUUCCAGCUAGAGGAGUUCAAAAAAGAGGUGCAAGAGAAGAUUCGCAAUAUUGCAAGAGACCACAGAAUAUCAGAGAAUGGCAAGGUCAAAGCCUUCAUUCACGAGAUUGAUGUUAUCCUGCUGAAGCUGAAAGAAGAAAUUCUCCAGGAGAAGCUGAUCAUCUACAAGACGCUUCCUCUCUCUAUCCAAAGUGACCUAAGGAAGCAUUAUGAAGCGGCUUCAAACGUUAGUGGUCGGAAAUCCUGUGACAAGAUGAAGAGAAUUCUCAGAGAGGGCACUCAGGAAGAAGUGGUCAGGGAUAUGUUCGAGAAAGCCACCUCAAAUAUGAUAAGUUCCUUCACUGAAUUGAAGGAGAAGAUCUUGAGGACCUUGAACAAGGAAAUGUCCAUCGUGCGCGAACUCCUUCUGCUGCAGCAGGAGCAGCUGGCAUUGCAGCUGCCGGAUAUUAAAAAUGAGUGCAGAGAAAUCCAGCAGAUCCUCCGGACGUUGCAACAAGAUACGGGAAUGAGGACGAGCGACCAAGAGGCGUCUUCCUGAAAUAUCAUUUUCGCCUUAUCUCAGGUUAUGCUUUCGAUUGCGAGAGCUCUCGUGGUGAAGUGACUUGGCAACACAAGAACUUGUAUUCCUGAUUUGCACUGGCUCACCGUACCCUUCCCCCCCCCCAUGGCAUUGCUACCCUUUUAAUCUGUUGUUUUGCUUUCCGUCUGCUCCAUUAGCCAAUUUUAUAAUCAAAGGGAGAUGUUUCCGUGUAGACUAUCUAAGAAACAUCAACUCAUUUGUUAUGCUUGAGCAAAUAUCUUGAUGGAUUGUCCUUUUGGCUUAUGCCAUUAUGACUUUCUAUUUUAGAAAAAAAA